AUGACGGACGUGCAAACCCAGAGCGAGAGGUGCCACGCCCAGCGCCGGAAGGUCCCACGUUGUCUUUACGUUCUAACCCUCGUGUGCUGCACCCAGACUCUGCGGGAUUCCCACAUUCUGGGCAACACGACCAAAAGUGAGGUCAUGGGGAUGCUCCGGAGGCAGGAGAGGCAGACAAGCCCACCGAUGACACCGAAAGGAUGCAACCCAGAACAAUAUAAGCUGAAGACGGUGAGGGACUGCACACCUGAUGAAGACACAGAGUGUGGGUGUAUGGCUGGCCACUUCCAGGUGAAGGAGCCCAAUUCUCAGAACGGGGAGAACUUCAAAUGCGAGAAAUGCAAAGACUGUUCAUCUCUGAAUCAGCAAACACAGCAGAAUUGCUCAAAAGAGAAGGAUGCUCUUUGUGUGGGUUGCCAGCCCAACUUCUGCUGGUCUGGAUCAAGCUGCCAGCUGUGCCCAAUUGAGAGUCCUGAAACUGACAUCUGUGGCAAGGACUGUAAAUUUGCGAUAGGUUUCUGCGGAUUCCUGUUGCUGCUGUCAGGAGUCUUCGCUGUGUACUGUAUGAGGAGGAGACUCAGGUCACCUGCUGAGGAGAAUUCUCCCAGCCUUCCAGACCUCCACAAAGGCACGAUGGAGCUAGCCCCUCACCUUCCACUUUCAGAGCCCCCUGCCUCCCUCGUUGAGACAGUCAGGCUGCUGGACAGAGCACCCCCAUGCCACAGUUCACUGCAGCAAGGCAGAAACAUGUAUGCUGUGAUCGACACUGUGCCUGUUCGCCGCUGGAAAGAGUUUGUGCGGGGCCUGGGCCUGCGCGACGGCGAGAUCGAGUUGGUGGAACUAGAACACUCUCAGUUCCGGGAGCAGCAGUACGAGAUGCUGAAGCGCUGGUGCCAGCAGCAGGGUCCAUCGACAGACGCCAUCUUUGCUGUCCUGGAGAGCAUGCAGCUGGGGGGCUGUGCCCAGGAGCUCAUGGAGCAGCUUCACCCCAACAAUUGGCACCAUGGCCCCUGAGACC